GUUUACAACCAUAACUUGAUCCAGCAGUCCGGUCAUCGCAGCGCACUCACCGGGAGACACGCGAGCUGAGCCUCAGCAGAAGGGCUCCUACAGGAGGGGGGACCGGCUACCGCGGCACAGAGAUAAACGGCGUACGUCCGGGGCGGUCGGCGACCAGGAUUACUAUUAUUUACUACUACUCUUAUGCCGCUGUCCCCGGUGCGCCACUGGGCUCAAGCGCUCCCGUCGGACUGGAUUUAACCCUGUUGCACCUGAGAGAGUCCUCUGCUGCGGCCGGAGCCCUAACAGGAUCGCGUUUCCUGCGCCGCCUCUCUCGAUGGAGGACCAGGCGGUCUCCCAGAGAGUCGGGGGCCCCGCCGCCCACGUCCCGGGGCCCGGCGGCGGGCCGGCCCGGGUCGUCCGGUGUGGGUGGCUGAAGAAGCAGGGCGGCUUCGUGAAGACCUGGCACACCCGCUGGUUCGUGCUGCGCCGGGAGCAGCUGUGCUACUACAAGGACGAGGAGGAGAACAAGGCCCUGGGCACCAUUGUGUUAUCUGGAAACAGAGUCACGGAGCACGCGACCAACGGCGACGAAGGAGGGAAGUUUCUCUUCGAGAUCGCUCCAGGAGGAGACAGGGAGCGAAUGACCGCUAACCAUGAGACCUACCUUCUCAUGGCCAACACCCAGAAUGACAUGGAGGAUUGGGUGAAGACCAUCCGCAGGGUCAUCUGGGCCCCCUUCGGAGGAGGCAUCUUCGGCCAGAAGCUUGAGGAGACGGUGCGUUACGAGCGGCGCUAUGGCAACAAGCUGGCCCCAAUGCUGGUGGAGCAGUGCGUGGACUUCAUCCGGGAGCAGGGCCUGCAGGAGGAGGGCCUGUUCAGGCUGCCGGGGCAGGCCAACCUGGUGAAGGAGCUCCAGGACGCAUUCGACUGCGGGGAGAAGCCCUCCUUUGACCGCAACACAGACGUCCAUACAGUGGCAUCUCUGCUGAAGCUGUACCUCAGAGAGCUCCCUGAGCCGGUGGUCCCCUUCUCCCAAUACGAUUGCUUCUUGGCCUGCACCAAGCUGCUCAGCAAGGACGACGCCACGGGUAUUGCGGAAUUGAGGAAACUUGUGAAAGCUCUACCUCAAGUCAACUACAAUCUCCUCACAUACAUUUGCAGAUUCCUAGAUGAAGUCCAAUCCUACUCAGGAGUGAAUAAAAUGAGCGUCCAGAAUCUAGGCACCGUCUUUGGUCCAAAUAUCUUGAGACCGAAGAUUGAAGAUCCUGUAGCAAUCAUGGAAGGUACAGUCCUGGUGCAGCAGCUAAUGGCGGUUCUGAUCGGGCGCCAUGACGCCCUGUUCCCCGAUGCGGAGGACGUCUCCACGGCGAUAGAGCGCGCCAACAACAACAACAACGAGCUCCCGUCGCACCGGCCGCUGCCCGUCUCCUCGGGCUCGGGCUCCGCAGGCCAGAACGCGGCCAACAACAACGCCACCCUGUCGUCACGACAGUGCGCGUGGGAGGCCCCCGACCCCCCUCCGCCGGCCCUGCAGCCCACCCACCCCCAGCACCACGCCAUGCACAUGGACAACGGCUCCCCGCCGCCGCACUCGCUCAGCCCCCGGAACAGCCUGGGGGGCCGCUUCGACCUGACGCGCAGCCCGCCGCUCACGCUCAAGAAGAACCCGGCCUUCAGCAAGGGCAGCGGCAUCGUCACCAACGGCUCCUUCAGCUCCACCUCCCCCGGGGGAGAGGGCGGGGCCGAGAAGGGCCCCGCCCUCGGAGGAGGAGGAGGAGGAGGAGGAGUGACAGGAGGGGGUAGCCUACCGGGGAGGCGCAACGGCGCCCACAAAGGCUCCGGAACCAAGAUGGGCACCAGCGGGGUGACCAACGGGGGCGGGGCGCGGCUGGGCGUGUCCAGCACCGACGUGGUCAACGGGAGCCUGAACGGACGCAACGGCCUCUGGGUGCCCAACGGCCACGUGACGCUGCGGGACAACAGCAAGGCGCGGGACGGCGAGCACGGCCACUCGUCCAGCCAGAACCGGCUGUCCACGUACGACAACGUCCAGCUGAACCAGCUGAACCUCCAGCAGCAGCAGCAGCAGCAGCACCACCACCACCCCCAGCAGCACCACCACCUCCCCCAGCACCACCCCCAGCAGACGCAGCCCGGGGACGGCUGCAGCGAGGACAAGCAGAGCGUGGACAGCGCCACCUGGUCCACCUCGUCCUGCGAGAUCUCCCUGCCCGACAACUCCACCUCCUGCCGCUCCUCCACCACCACCUGCCCCGAGCAGGACUUCUACGCCGGCCACUACGACGAACCGGACGGGCCGGCGGUGGCGGCGGCGGCGGCGGCGGCGAUGCGCGAGAGCGAGGGGGCGGCCCCCGGGGGCGGGGGCGGGGGCGGGGAGGCGGAGGGGAGGCACGGUGCCAACGGGAGGGGCCGCAGGGGGACCAGCAGCAGCGACACCAGCGACGGCUACCCGGUCAGCAACGGGACCAGCAGCCACAGCGCGCUGCACAGCCUGGUGGCCGGCCUGAAGCAGGAGAUGAACAAGCAGAAGAGCGAGUACGAGGCCCGGAUCAAGAGCCUGGAGCAGCGCAACCUGGAGCUGGAGACGGACAUGGCCGGCCUGAACGAGGAGCUGGACCAGGAGAGGAAGAAGUACACCAUGGUGGAGAUCAAGCUGCGCAACGCCGAGCGGGCCAAGGAGGACGCCGAGCGCCGCAACCACAUGCUGCAGAAGGAGAUGGAGCAGUUCUUCACCACCUUCGGGGACCUGACGGCGGGGCCCGGGGCCUCGACCGCCUCCACCGCCGCCGCCGCCGCCGCGGAGCCGCCACGACGGGCGGACCGCGCCAACAGCAUCUGGAUCCAAUGA